AUUAAAAUAAUUAGUGUACAUUUGUUUGGGUGGAGUAAAGCCCCUUUUAAAUAGCCCUAAUGGUGACCUUGCAUGGAGCGAUUUUGUGAAACGGGCCUUUAAAGCCUGACAUAGCAGAUGACGCUUUGCGUGCUAGUGCACGAGGCGCAUUACAGGCUGUGUUACCUUCUUCCCCACGUGGAUACCCACAACAUGAGCCACAGCGCGUGAGCCACAGCGCUGUGGCAGUGACUGUCAGCGGUGACAGACAGCAGUUCCCUUUUUCGACAGUCAGAGACAGAUCCUUUCCACAACAGUUGUUGGAGCCAAUUAAGGGCGAUGUCGUCGAUUAAGGAGCCGGCCUGCUGGAAAUUCAGGUCGGGUCUUUGGCGCAGAGCCAAUGUGACCCUUGGGUGGCUCUGGAGCAUCUAUUCAAAAGCCCGGCCAGAUGGCAUCAAAGAGGUUGUGACCCUGAUGUUCCUGUGUUUGGCUGUGGCGUUCCUGACUGCCGUCAUCCUCUUUAGCUGGAUGGCGAGCAACCUGAGUUACGGAAAGUGCGUUUCUGGGGUGACGGCGGCCAUCUGCGGUGUGGCGGCCUUCAUCUCGCUCUUCCUCUGCCACCCUAUCCGCUGCGUGUUCACCAUGGCCCUGCCCACUCUGGGCACCAAAGAGGGUCGUCGCUUUAUUCUGUCAGCCGCAGUCACCCUGCUGAUGCUCAACGUCCUCCCCAACAUCGGCGCAAACGUGGCCGUCGUGUCGCACACCUUGAAGUGCAGCGGGGGCAGCCUGGCCCAGAGCCUGAUAAAUUCCUCAGAGAUAAUUAACUGGGCAAAGGGAGAGCUGGUUACCGCAGCUAUGAAAGUAAAAGAGACAGAGCUGCAGUUUGUGCGCAGCUUGAGAGAUUUUGAUCACUUUACUUACAUAAACCUCUCUAACAUCAACCAGAGGUUUAUAAGUGUCAGCCAAAAUAUUGAAAGAGACUUUUCUCAUGCUAAAUACACCAUAAAGACCAUGAAAUUAGUGGCAAGCAGAUUUUUAGCUGCCCUCUUCAUUAUCUAUCUCUUUGUUGAAUCUGCCCUUUACUUAAAAUCAUAUUUGACAGACGUGAAAUUUGACAACCCAUGCAUUACUGCCCAUAAGAAAAGCAGUUUUCAUUUGGCAAUCUGCAGAAUUUCUCGACAAGAACUUUUACAAUGUGCUCCUCGCAUAUUGGUCAUGUCUUGGUAUUUCACAGUGACCCUGUUGGUUAUUAUCUUGGAUCACGUAGUGUACCAUUUAGUCAGUGCCAGUAAACCCAGGCUGCUGGAUAUUCCACCAAUUUCCAUCAACAUCAGCUUGACGUACAAGGUUGAGUCCUACAGCCCAUCCCUCUGUAUCUUUGACCCAAGCUGUGGGACUGGGGUUUUGGUAGACUUCCAGAGGGUAUAUCCCUGGUCCAUCAGAACUGGGUCAGAGCACUGCACCUCGGACCUUUCGGAACCAGACCCCGGAGUUGCCGCCCUCCUGGGACUGCUCUACUUGUUGGCCUACAGCAUGGUGUUUCUAGAGGUGUUUGCCACACGCUGGCGCCAGGCCAUCUCUGCUUCCUUCUUCAGGAGUCAGGAGGCGAUACGACUGGCGUACCUGCAUCAACGAGUACGAGCUAAGCAGGGGAACGGCGGCGUCUUUUCCAUUGAGACGCAUGCGAGUGGUGGCUGCAGUGGCCAUCGUCCCUCCUUUCCGUUGACUGCUUACCCAGAACCACAGUGACAGAAUCACUGUACUUUUACUGUACUUUUGGCCUGGGCAGCACAGGAUCGGAGGCAGCGUGAGGCAGGAGAUUCAGCUGAAAUGAAUGAUAUUUUAUGAUAUGAACUGCCACUGAAUAAGAGGAGAAGACUUUAUUGUUGUUGAAUUGCUGGGAAAUAUAGAAUGAAACAUAGCACUACUGAAAAGCGCUGUUUCAGAAAUUUCAGUAAUUAAACUAGAAAUUUUUAGCUUCCCAGUGCGGUUAUUAAGCACGACUGAGAUAAGCCUAUUACAGCAAGAAAGAAUUCCAAAAAUUAGCCUGAGUCCUUUUUAGUCAGGAUUGCCAUAUAAUAAGCACCAUUUUACUUUGUACUGCUGGUGACCCCUGCUGGAUUAUCACAGAUAGUGGCAGGUGGAAAUCGACUCUCUUCUUUCCGUUUAAAUGUUCUUCAUUCCUCAUUUGUUAAUUCACAUUAGCUUCAUGGUGGCCUGCUCGCAGCAUGCCAGUCAGUUUAGUCCAGAUGAGACCAAGCAGGUGAAGAAAAUGAAUGGAUGGGUAAAAAUGAGAGACUUACAACUCAGUGCACAGUUCCCAAGUGGCUAUGGAGAAAAACAUUUAGAAGAAUGAGCUUUAAAACACAAUUAAGUAUGUAAUACCUGCAGAUAUAUAUUAGACCCAGUGUCUGUGGAGUUUAGGUAAAGGAAGGUAGUUGGAGGUCAUCAAGGUCAAAAAAACUGAGAGGUCCUUCCCAUUUUUCACUAGUUUAUGAAACCAUAUUCUAAUAGUCGGAGGCAAACACAGUGGGGAGAAGUAUUCGGAAAUUGCAGAGCCAUAAUCCUUAAAAGAUAGGAAAGCGAGUUGAGAAGAGAGAAGCACCUUUAAUCCACCGACCUGCCCUGUAGUAGGACCAACGAUUUCACCAUAAACCCUACGAAUGCAGUUAGAUAAAGGUCGGUCUGCUCAAGGUCAUUUCCAUUAACGAUAACAAUGAACUUCCCUCCACUUUUAUCUUUAGUGGUGAAAGGCAUUUCUUGUCUAGUUCAUACACAUGAGGGUCACGAAUGAACCGAAAGACACAGGCUGCACUGUCUCUUACAACAACUGUGUUUGUUUUUCUAGGGUACAUCCAUGUUGUUUACUUAGAACAGCCUUAAUUGCAUGAAUAUAAAAGACCUAGAGAGAUAACAGUCGCGCCGAAUCCUUUACCGGGAGUGUUAGCUGGGCAGCAACAAGCAUCAAAAAUAGCAUGGGAGGCACAACUGAAAUGAAAAUACUACAACACUUAGCAAGGAACCUGGAAUGAACAACUGCUUUUAAUUACUGGGCUAUGAAAGGAACACGAGCGAAGCUUCAGCAUUGCGCACGUCUGGUUGUGAUCUUCAUGGAGGAGACAGCUUCUAGUCGGCGCCUUGCACCUUCAGUCAAAUACGCAGCAGAAUAUAUUUAUAUGUUUUAAGCAGAUGGUCUUAUCCAAAGCAACACACAACAGGGGGAGUCAGCCUGUUCCUGGGGCAUUUAGGAUUAAGGGCCGAACAAUAAAAUCACUUUUAGUGGCCGCAGGAUUUGAAGCAGCAACAUUCUUAUCACAGACGUAGAGGCCUAACUCACAGAGCCACACGUUCAUUUGCUAAAGGGUCUGAGUGACUAAAGGGCCACGAUUUCUUUUUUCAGAAAAGCAAUAUAAUUAGCAAAUUCGACUCCAUCUUAAUUGUUUUAAAAAUAUUAAAAAUCUCUGCUUUACAUCGAAGUAAACCAGUGGGUGUAAAAAUUUAAAAGUAUCCUUUAAAAUUAUCUUCUGAUGGUGCUGUUGAUGAUGCUCAAACCAAACCAUUGACUAAUGAAUCAUAAUUAGUUAUAAAAUUUAUAUAUCUAGCCUCCUUUUCAGAUUGUGCUUCUCCUUUUUAAUCUUUGCUGCUUGAGAUCCAUUCUCUCUACAAUCCUGACAAGGAUAAGGGGGCUAAAAUGUUAAUUAACAUUGAUUGCAUAUGAAUUUACCAGAUUAUUCCAUUGAAGAAACAAUAUUCUGAAGAUACAAGCCUCAGUUCAGAAACGGCAUGGUGCGUGUUGUCAUACCUUUUUUGUACCACUGGGGGCCGCUAAGUAUAUGGAAGAUGUUCACUUCCCAUUCACUCAAAUAAAUCAUAAUGCGAAGAAUAACACUGUUUAUGAUGUUAAUGACCAUUUUACUGGGGCAUGAAUAAACAAUGUGGGGUCACGGGCCCUGAUUAUCAUUUUUAUCUAUGAGUAUGUCCAGUGAAUGGGCUCAGAGUGUACAUGCACAUAUGUAUUCACCCUGAAUUUAAUAGACACAGAGAGGCAUAUUGUGUGCUAAUGAAGCCUAAGAUGAUUAUUACAUACUAAUCAAAGGUUCCUCCUAUUUUUGUUUUCCUUUUUUAAUCCUCUAAAUUCAGAUUAGGGUCAUUUUAUUAAUGUUCUAUUUACAUAUCAUUG